AUGGCAAGACACCGUAGUCCAUCAAGGACCUGGACCAAGUUUGACUCUUCAGCUGGCGAUCUGUCCAGUGUUUCCAGGGAAGAUCGAAUCGGUGGUGCAGAGGACAAUCUAAAAGAAACCGAAGAGGCAGCCGUGAACAGCUGCUCUGAAGAUCACUUCUCUACACAAAUGGCACAAAGAAUGUUCCAUGAAAGUCUGCAAGAUGGCCGAUCAGUCCUGGGGACACUAGCUGUGCAGGUGGAGAGAGACCCCAAGACAGGUGUUUCUGUUGUCAGGUCAGUGACCCCUGUGUCCGCACCAGGUGGUGCUCCUGCAACCACCACUGUAUUUGAUGAUGGCAGGAAGAGUAUCCACGCCUUGGGCGGAGUGGAAAGUCCCCCCACCACUGAAGAGCUCGGGCAGAUCCUGAGCACUAUCGAUGGAGUUGGAAUGAGUGUGCUGCUGGAUGAGGUUGAAGUCACGCCAAACAAGGCAGGGACAGCAACAGAGAAUGACGGUGCCAGCAAAGAACCUGAGAGGAAAAUCAUGUCUUUUUCUGCCAGUCAUGCCACAGCAGAGGAGGACAAUAUGCAGUUUGACAGCUCCAGAAGCAACAACAUGAAAGCUGAGCUUGGGGUAGGGAACUGUGCUGUAAGCAUAGAAAACAAAGAGGACAGAUGCAUCACAGCGGUUAACAACAUUGCAGGAGAGGUAGAUACUGUGGUCGAUCAACAGCUGGUGGAUGGCCCAGUCACUCUUUUGUUUUUGGGAUACGCUGAUGACACAACCGACCAGGAUGCCGAUCCAGAUAAUCAUGAAGGCAUGCUCACCGUGGAGCGAGUAAUGAUCACAGAGGAUGGAGAAGAACACGUCAUAGGGCCUGAAACAUUGCCUCAGGAAGAUAAAGAACCACAACGAGAAGGAGGGUUUCGGGAUGUUCCUCUGGAGGGAAAUGGGGCAGGAGGUCAAGUCCAGAGAGAGGAUGGUGAAAAGGUUCAGCAUGAUUCAUCUUCACCUGCUAAAGCAGAAGGAGAGGCCACUUCCAAACGCAAGACCUGUCAAUGCUGCUCUGUCAUGUAAGAAAAUGAUGGAGAGAGACUUCAUAAUCAGCCUUAACCUCAUCAUCUGCAUUAUCGUAUUUACAUUGGUGCCUUAUUGACUUAUAUGACAGAAUAUAUCACCACAUGAUUUGGUCUUUCAGUGGCUCUAAUCAUCCACCACUCCUCUACACACUGCUAAAAUGAAAGAUAUUUAUUACUUUGUAGGUCUUAUUCAGCAGAUGUGGACUGGUAGCAUCUCCAGGGGACUUUUAAAAUAACCACUUCCUCCCUCUGGUGGACAAAGCUGAGAAUGUCAACCAGCACUGCAACACAACACACACAACAUUUAUCUCAAAUGUCUGCCUUACAACUCUUUGUGUGCUUUAUCAGUUACAAAUAUUGGAUACUUUUGAAGCUAUUUGAUUUAGAAAUGUAAAAAUCUAAAGAGUAGAAGAAUACUUUACAGCUGCAUUCCAUCGAUGACUACAAUCAUGUUAUUAUUCAUUUAUGGUGUGUAUGCCCCAGUGUUUUUGUUUUCUUUCAUAUUUUGAAAAUGUAAAGAAACGGUUAACAUUCGUUGUUUUAUACUUUUAAACUUUUGCUUUCUAAUCAACACCACUACUCAGGUCUGUAGCUACCACUUUGGACACUAACAACAAACUGUUGCUGAUUUUUGAGGUCUUCAUGUCCCAAUGAGGGGUCUUUAUUCUACAGAUUAACAGAAAAAAAUGACAGCAGGGUUCUUUUAACAAAUGUGUUAAAAUGUGCAAAAU